AUGGAUAGCCGAGGAAAAAAAGUCAUAGUUUGCGAUAAUGGUACUGGGUUUGUCAAAUGUGGUUAUGCCGGUUCCAAUUUUCCAGCACAUAUUUUUCCCUCCAUGGUAGGAAGGCCAAUCAUUCGUGCUGCAAAUAAAAUAGGAGAUAUAGAAGUUAAGGAUUUGAUGGGGGGAGAUGAAGCUAGCAAGUUGAGGUCAAUGUUAAAAGUGAAUUAUCCAAUGGAAAAUGGAAUUAUGAACGUAAAUCCAAGAGACUGCAAAAUUCUUUUGACAGAACCUCCCAUGAAUCCGACCAAAAAUCGGGAAAAAAUGAUUCAGGUUAUGUUUGAAAAAUAUCAAUUUUCUGGGGCUUAUAUUGCUAUUCAAGCAGUUUUAACUUUAUACGCUCAAGGACUUUUAAGUGGAGUCGUCGUCGAUUCUGGGGACGGCGUAACACAUAUCUGUCCUGUUUAUGAAGAAUUUGCAUUGCCACAUCUCACUAGAAGGUUAGACAUAGCUGGACGUGAUAUAACUAGAUAUUUAAUAAAACUGCUAUUACUCAGAGGUUAUGCUUUCAACCAUUCCGCCGAUUUUGAAACUGUUCGAAUUAUGAAAGAAAAACUUUGUUACAUCGGUUAUAAUAUUGACGUUGAGCAAAAAUUGGCAUUGGAAACGACUGUGUUGGUCGAACCGUACACGUUACCCGAUGGAAGAGUAAUAAAAGUUGGCGGAGAAAGAUUCGAAGCUCCCGAAGCUCUUUUUCAGCCACAUUUAAUUAAUGUCGAGGGACACGGAAUAGCUGAGCUUGUUUUCAAUACAAUACAGGCGGCUUCCAUUGACAUGCGUUCGGAACUUUAUAAACAUAUUGUACUCUCUGGUGGUUCGACAAUGUAUCCCGGCUUGCCGAGUAGGUUAGAGAGAGAAAUAAAACAACUUUACUUGGAACGGGUUUUAAAAAAUGACGUCGAUAAAUUAUCCAAAUUCCGAAUUAGAAUAGAAGAUCCUCCUCGAAGAAAAGACAUGGUUUUCAUUGGGGGGGCAGUUUUGGCAGAAGUAAUGAAAGAUCGUGAUACAUUUUGGAUGUCUCGACAAGAAUAUGAAGAAAAAGGGGGGGGAGUUUUAAAAAAAUUGGGAAGUGCAUCUCGAUAG